GUUUGUAAAUGCAUCGUGAAAAGGCAGCCCAGAAUGAAGAAAGCAGGCCGGAGUGUUGGCUCGGUGCCGAAAGUGUCUGGGGUCGGUAAAGCACCAGCCGUGGAGAAAGCCAAGGCCGACAGCAACGUGGCCACAUCUGCAGCCAGCAAGCUGGUGAAGCCGGGAGCUGCCGCACCACUGGCAAAGACCAAGAGCAGUGAUGACCUCUUAGCUGGAAUGGCUGGAGGGGCAGCAGUGAGUAAUGGUGUGAAAGGGAAGAAGACGCCCUGCUCAUCCGCCACCAUGCUUGCACCCGCCCCCACCAUGAGCACCAUGGAAAGCAAAGUCAAGCUCGGCACAGGAACCAGCUCCUCUGCCAAGCGGAGCACAUCCACAGGAAACAAAGAAUCCAGCUCCACAAGGGAGAGACUGCGUGAACGCACCCGAAUCCCCCAGAGCAAAAAACUCCCUGCCGCAACCCAGGGUGCCCAUGACGUGGGACUGGCCAAGCGCCCCCGGAGCCGCACGGCUGCAGAGUGCGACGUCCGCAUGAGCAAGUCCAAGUCCGACAACCAGAUCAGUGACAGAGCUGCUCUGGAGGCCAAGGUGAAGGACCUGCUUGCGCUGGCUAAGACCAAGGACGUGGAGAUCUUGCACCUGAGGAAUGAGCUCCGAGACAUGCGAGCUCAUCUGGGUCUUGGCGAGGACGACCCCUCAGAGGGUGAUGACAAGUCCGAGAAGGAGGCCGUGGCUACCCACCCACCCACCGAUGUGGAGUCCACAUUGCUGCGUCUACAGGAACAGAACGCCGCCAUCCGGGAGGAGCUCAACCAGCUCAAGAAUGAGAACCGGAUGCUCAAGGACAGGCUGAACGCGCUGGGCUUCUCCCUGGAGCAGCGGCUUGACAGCUCUGAGAAACUCUUUGGCUACCAGUCCCUGAGCCCUGAGACCACUCCCGGGAACCAGAGCGACGGUGGGGGGACCCUGACCUCGUCUGUGGAGGGCUCCACCCCCGGCUCCGUGGAGGACCUGCUGAGCCAGGAUGAGAGCACACUCAUGGAGCACCAGCACAGCAACUCGCUGGACAACCUGGACAGUGAGUGCAGCGAGGUCUACCAGCCGCUGACCUCGAGUGACGACGCCCUGGAUGCCCCAUCGUCCUCUGAGUCAGAGGGCGCCCCGAGCAUUGAGCGCUCUCGCAAGGGCAGCAGUGGCAACGCCAGCGAGGUGUCGGUGGCCUGCCUGACAGAGCGCAUCCACCAGAUGGAGGAGAACCAGCACAGCACGAGCGAGGAGCUGCAGGCCACGCUGCAGGAGCUGGCCGACCUGCAGCAGAUCACCCAGGAGCUCAACAGCGAGAAUGAGCGGCUGGGCGAGGAGAAGGUCAUCCUCAUGGAGUCGCUGUGCCAGCAGAGCGACAAGCUGGAGCACUUGAGCCGCCAGGUGGAGUACUUCCGCUCGCUCCUGGAUGAGCACCACCUCGCCUACGCCGUGGAGGAGGAUGUCAAGAGCGGCCGCUACCUGGAGCUGGAGCAGCGCUAUGUGGACCUAGCUGAGAAUGCCCGUUUUGAGCGUGAGCAGCUACUGGGCGUACAGCAGCACCUGAGCAACACGCUGAAGAUGGCCGAGCAGGACAACAAGGAGGCCCAGGAGAUGAUUGGGGCCCUGAAGGAGCGUAACCACCACAUGGAGCGGCUGAUCGAGGCCGAGCAGAAGGGCAAGGCUGCCUUGGCCACCACACUGGAAGAGUAUAAGGCCACCGUGGCCAGCGACCAGAUGGAGAUGAACCGCCUCAAGGCCCAGCUGGAGAACGAGAAGCAGAAGGUGGCAGAGCUGUACUCCAUCCACAACUCCGGGGACAAAUCAGACAUCCAGGACCUCCUAGAGAGCGUGCGGCUGGACAAGGAGAAGGCAGAGGCCCUGGCUGGCAGCCUGCAGGAGGACCUGGCUCACACGAGGAAUGAGGCCAACCGCCUGCAGGACACCAUUGCCAAGGUGGAAGAUGAGUAUCGGGCCUUCCAAGAAGAGGCUAAGAAGCAGAUGGAGGACCUGAACCUGACCUUGGAGAAGUUACGAGCAGAGCUGGAGGAGAAGGAGACUGAGAGGAGUGACAUGAAGGAAACCAUCUUUGAGCUCGAGGACGAGGUGGAACAGCACCGGGCUGUGAAGCUGCAUGACAACCUCAUCAUUUCUGACCUCGAGAAUACAGUCAAAAAGCUCCAGGAUCAGAAGCACGACAUGGAGAGAGAGAUCAAGACGCUACACAGGAGACUGCGGGAAGAGUCUGCAGAGUGGCGGCAGUUCCAGGCUGAUCUGCAGACUGCUGUCGUCAUCGCCAAUGACAUUAAGUCUGAAGCCCAGGAGGAGAUCGGCGACCUGAAGCGCCGGCUCCAUGAGACUCAAGAGAAAAACGAGAAGCUCACCAAAGAGCUGGAGGAGAUCAAGUCACGCAAGCAGGAGGAGGAACGAGGCCGGGUGUAUAACUACAUGAAUGCAGUUGAGAGAGAUCUGGCUGCCCUACGGCAGGGGAUGGGGCUGAGUCGGAGGUCCUCGACGUCCUCGGAGCCCACCCCCACUGUCAAGACCCUCAUCAAGUCCUUCGACAGUGCAUCCCAAGUGCCGAAUCCUGCAGCAGCUGCAAUUCCUCGAACUCCUCUGAGUCCAAGCCCUAUGAAAACGCCCCCUGCAGCAGCUGUUUCCCCCAUGCAGAGACAUUCCAUCAGUGGACCAAUCUCGACCACCAAGCCCCUGACAGCGCUGACGGAUAAGAGGCCCAAUUACGGAGAGCUCCCCGUUCAAGAGCACCUGCUCAGGACCUCGUCCACCAGCCGACCAGCGUCACUUCCCAGAGUGCCCGCGAUGGACAGCUCCAAGACCAUCUCAGUGUCCCGCCGGAGCAGCGAAGACAUAAAACGGGACAUCUCUGCACCCGAGGGUGCGACACCAGCCUCACUUAUGGCCAUUGGAACCACAUCACCUCAGCUCUCUCUGUCAUCGUCACCCACCGCAUCCGUGACACCCACUACCCGUAGCCGCAUACGAGAAGAAAGGAAGGACCCUCUAUCAGCACUGGCCAGAGAAUAUGGUGGCUCCAAGAGAAAUGCCCUGCUCAAGUGGUGCCAGCGGAAGACAGAAGGUUACCAGAACAUCGACAUCACCAACUUCAGCAGCAGCUGGAAUGACGGGCUGGCUUUCUGCGCCCUCCUGCACACAUACCUGCCAGCACACAUUCCCUACCAGGAGCUCAGCGGCCAGGACAAGAGACGGAACUUCACGCUGGCCUUCCAGGCGGCGGAGAGCGUCGGCAUCAAGUCCACCCUGGACAUCAGCGAGAUGGUACGGACGGAGCGGCCAGACUGGCAGAACGUGAUGCUGUAUGUGACAUCCAUCUACAAGUACUUCGAGACCUGA